CGAUAAUGGUGGACUUCAUCUUCUAUUUGCCUACGUGGCAAGAAGUUGUGUAGAGGGAGAUAAUGCCAAUAUAAACAGAUAGGGGCCUUACGAACGUAUGAACUUGAACACUGUGAAUCCGUUGUCGUGCAGUGACAAGUUAUUGUAGAUAGCUGGGACCAAAGAUACAUCAAAGGAAAUCUGGGCUAAGCCAUGAGACCCAGACACUGUACAAUCAUGACAAUUUCUGUCUCCUUCAAUAUCGUCUUAAUAGGCUAUAUAUACUUCAGCACUAGGAAAACAACUAUAAAUAGAGACGAUGGUUCGCGGAUCAUGGCAGCGUCACUAGGAAUUCAAAAAUCACAGACGGACCUCUCACAUCCGAAAUUUUUAAUGGGUCUUCGCUCUGUUAUAUCGCCACCAACACAUCCAGUGACAGAAGCGAAUACACAGGUCACAAAUAUUGACAAUGAAAAUCAAAAUACGCCUUUGGUAAAAUGUCUUACUCCAACAAAAUCACAAAAUCAGAAACAGUCUGUCUACAGCUGGAACGGUCUGACAUGGAAAGAAAAUAAAACAGUUUGUGCAAAUCUCCCAAAGUUCCGAAAAGGAACGCUGCGAACAAGCUCCGGGGACACCCCAAUCUUUGUGCAUGAGCCCGGAGUAGAUAAAUAUAUUUCACAUCACAUUUUGGUAUCGGGCACUUGGGAAAGGGAGGUUGCUGUAGCAGUAGUGGCCUUUCUUCAGGCGGAUAAAAAUCUACAAUUUGUUGACAUUGGUGCAAAUAUUGGAGUGAUUUCAUUAGAAGUGGCCAAACUCGGUCGCCGCGUGGUAUCAGUUGAGCCGUUAAUAGACAACAUCCAAAGGUUAUGUUCUUCAGUUGAUGCUGGUCAUUUCUCCAAUGACGUCACAAUGGUAUUCAACGCAAUAUCGGACACACACGAACAGGUUUCACUAGGGCGUGACCAGGAUAAUGUCGGUGGGACAUUUGUUUUAAACAAUAAUCCUAACAAACGAAAUGGAUCAGACGUGAAAUUAAUUGGACAGUACCGGGAACUGGUACAGACCAUACUUCUAAAUGACCUCUUGUCUUUGUUAUCCUCCGACCCACUCACCAAAGUUGUUAUUAAACUAGACGUGGAAGGAUAUGAGGAUCAUGUUUUGAAUGGUGCCGAUGAAUUUUUCCGUCAAGUUGAUGUUCAAACUGUGGUAAUGGAAUGGACGUACAGUAAAGUACCCGGUACAGCCGAGACCAUCCAAUCGUUUAUGAGCAGGCAUAGUAUGUAUCCUUAUGACUUCAAUCAUUGGCCGUUAGAGCUCACACCACGUGCAAUAUGGCCUCCUAACGUAGCCUGGAUAAAACAAUCACGAAAUCCAUAGCGAUUGAUUAUGGGAAUCACUUAUCGACAAACAGAAGUAUAUCCCUGUGGUAUUUACAUACAUCUUAUAUAACUUUAAGUGAUGCAUAUAAAUGCCAAAUCAUCAUCAAAAUUAACUAUUGUUACAGUACAUAUGAAAAGGUAUGUAGUAGUAUUCCCCUUUGAGUGAUCCCAGUGUCUGAGUCAAAGUGAUUCCGAUGACCCCGAUGACAAUGCCCAAUUAAAACAAUAGCCCGUUUAAGGAUAUACAUGCAAUCUAACGAAUGGACAGAUAAACUGUUAAUUGGGAUGAACACUGAUUUCUGAGACAUUUAAAGUGAUACGAACACGGCAAUACUAGUGAUCGUGUCGAGUAUGACGACGCAGGCGGCUUCGACUUUUCCACGCGCACAUCGUUCACAUGUAAUACAAAGUGCUAAAGUUCGCUGCUGUAAAAAAGUUUUUCUACUCGAUACCACUGGAAAAUCUUAACAUUAAAAUUGAAAUCUAAGUCA